UCCUACCCUUCCUUGUCCUUGAGUGGCAUCAGGGGGAAGUGGAGGCUGGCAGUUGGAUUUCAUCUGCUGUUCCCUUUUGCUGCCAAGACUGUUGCGUGGCGUCAUGGUUUGGAGUGAGUGUGGUUUCACUUUUAUUGCAUGCAUCGUGUCCCCAGGGAAGUGGAAAAACGCCCUUCUGUCAUCGCUCUGCUGUCAUGAUGAGAACCAGAUCCCAUCUGCUGCCAGCUCCUCAGCCAGCACACAGCAAGCACGGGCACCUCCAGAGACAGCAUCAGGUAGGAUGAGGUUCCUGUGCUUGGCACCUCAUCCCUUCAUCCCCCAUCCAGUGAACUCUGUGCUCCCUGGAGGGUUUUUAACCUUGACCCCUUGCGCUGGUAUUCCGAGGUGAUUUUUGGAGCCCGUUGCCGGUUUCAUUUCAGGCCUCCUGGGCCAGGAGCCAGCUGAAAGCUCCCUGCUUCACUUUUGUGAGGAAGUGCAAACUCACACUGCUUUUCAGCCUGGGCUGAUGAUGAAACCUGGUGGCUCCUCCUCUUGGCCUUAUUAGCAUGGGGAAAUCACCAGCAUAAAAUCCUGUCCAUGUCCUGCUGUGGCUACACGGACCUCGGGAAUCCCAGCAGUGCCUUCCUCAGCACUGCUGCUGUUUGCAUCCUCAUCCUCCCUCCAGCUGUACUAAUGUCAGGCAUCAUGGAGGCACCAGCCAUGCUGGAGAAUGGGAAGAAUGUGCCAGAGAAGAGGAGAUCGCUGGUGGCUUUUCAUGCUCUCAUUUUUGUGUUGAUUAUUGUCUCAGCCCUGGUUCCCAUCAUCUUCUGUUUGCUCCAUCAUCAGCAGGCACCAGGGUCAUGCUGGGCACAUGGAUCUUUAAAAGAGUCUUCUGCACAAGACCCAGGAGUUUUGAUCUGGAACUGGAAGUUAGAGCACUGCAACGGGAUUGUGCAGGGCCAAGGGCAGUACCUCAUCAUCCAGCAGAGUGGCAAAUACUUCAUCUAUGCUCAGCUCUUCCGCAAGGAGACACUCAAAGAGCCUUUUACGCUGAUGCUUUACAAAAACGAAACAAUCGCCCUCAACAAUGCUGUGGGACAUGAGAAUGGCACAGUAAACUUUGCGAGACCCUUUUUCCUGCAGAAGGGAGAUAAACUGGACUGUAAGAAGAACGACGGGUCGGAUGACAGUCUGCUAGAGAAUCAGACUUAUUGGGGCCUGUUUAAAAUGUAGCAGGACUGCUCUGAGUCAGCUCCUCCCUUAUUUCCUCCAGGAAACCUUAGGUCGUGGAUGAAGAAUCUGGAAUGUCUCUUUGGGUGAAAUUCAGCUUGCUGGAAUACGUGCCACAGUAAGCUUGUGUCCUGCAGUGACAGUGAACAGCACACUUUGGUAAUGAUGAAUGGAUGCUGAUAGACACAAAGUAUGAGCAAAAGAUGGAGGAAAAAAAACCUCAAUGCGUUGUGGGGUUGACUCUGAGAUCCUGGAAAAACAAGCCCCUGUAUUCAGCCUGUUCUGAGCUGGGGAGGAGCUCUACUCUGCAGCUGGCUGCAUUUCAGAGCUGGGUCCCUUCUAACCAGAGGUGCUACAUAAAGACAAGAUAUUUUAUAUCCUUCCCGCACAACCUGCCAGUGAAGCAACUUGUCCACAGCAGAGGGACAAAAUUGUUCAGAAACAACACAAGAAAAGCUUCUCAGCCCCCUCCAUGGCCUUGCCACUAGCAAGGGAAACACGCCAGGGAAGCUCCAUCUCCACGGGCAGUUCAGAGCACAAGGAGCUUUCCAGCGAAGUUCAAGCAGUGCGAACCCAAGGCAGCUCCAUGGCACGGUGCAGACAGCCCCAGCACAGGGAGCCUGGGGUGCAGCCCAGGCAGGUGCCACGGGGGAUGGAUCACUGCUGGCUGAGCAGCACCAAGCCGAGGUUACUGAGUGUCACAGAGGUUGUGGAGGAGAGCUAAUGGCAGAAGAGAGUGAGCACAGAGGGGAAACAAGAGGAUGGAGGCUUGGAGGGCUGUUCCCAGAAUUUUCUUUUCUAUGCUGUGUAGUGGGUGUUGCAGGCAGGGCAGGGCAGACACGGUCCUGCCGUGAAAUGAGGAAGGGCUGAGCAUCCCCCCCUUCCCACAGACACAGCUCUGACAUCCAGCACAAAGCACUGCCAGCACCACAGCGGGGAAAACGUGAGCCAGCAGGGAAGCAGGGCAUCCUUCACCUGCUCACUCCAGGGUGUGUCUGCUGUGCUUCCCCAAAUGAGCAUCGGGUCACCUGCAGAUCACAGAACACCUCAGAACCUCAGCAAAGGCCAAGUGCUCUCCAAAGAGCAGGUGGCUGUGGCUGCAGGACAGCCCAGCUGCCUCACAGCCUGGUUCCUCCUCUCCCUUGCCUGGGCAGGCUCUCCCAGUGGGUCUGGUUUUUGCUUUCCAGCCUCCUGGACCUUCGUGGGUUACUACUCCCACCAUUCCUCACAGCUUGUCACAGCCCUGGGGAUGGACUUUCAUGGGAAAGAAAAGCAACUGAGAAGUUGGAUGGAAAGAAAUUAUUACUUAGGGUGGAUUGAGGCAGUUAGGAGUGCUAUUUGCUGUUAUAAUUUUAUAUUCUAUGUAUUGUAACUUCAGAGAACAUAGAGUCAAGUUUUUGCAGAUAUGUCUGCAGUCCUGUGUUCAGUUUCAU